AUGAAUGCAUCUCCGAGAUCUUCUCCAACAAAAAUGAAUACAUACUCCACACCAGAUGAUUCACCAAGAGAAGAUGAACAUGAUUGGGAUUCGUAUUUAAUUGAAACAAAUAGUGAAGCAGCACCAGCAAAUAAUUUCAAACAAGCUUCGAUUCCACCAGUAAAUGAAUUCAUUAUAGGAGAAAAACUUGAAUCAAUUGAUCCCAGAAAUCAAGAUUCAUGGUGUAUUGGAACAAUUAUUGAAAAAGAUGGACCAAGAGUACGUAUACGAUUAGAUGGAACUGAUGAUCGAAAUGAUUUUUGGCGUCUUGUCGAUUCAACAGAUAUUCGUUGUUAUGGAACAACAGCAAAAUAUGGUGGACAAAUUGUACCACCGCUUGGUUUUCAACUAAAUUCAACUCGGUGGUCAAAAUAUUUUGAAAGAAAUGUUAAAGAUGGUCCGUUUGCAGCUGAAUCAUGUUUCAAACCGCAACCUUCAAAACCUGAAAAGAAUUUAUUUAAAAAAGGACAAAAAUUAGAAACUGUCGAUCCAAGACAUCCUCAUGUUAUAUGUCCAGCAACAGUAAAUAAUGUUAUGCCUGGUGAUCAUCGAAUUAUGUUAUCAUUGGAUGGAUGGAGUUCAUUAAAUAAUUUUAAAAUUGAUUAUUCAUCACGAGAUAUUUUUCCUGUUGGUUGGUGUCAAUUAGCUGGAAUUCGUAUUGCAAAAGUUGGUGGAAAUCCUCCUUCUCGUACAUCAAAUAAAACGUUACCAAAAAUUUCGAAUAAACAACAUGGAAAUAUUCGACAACAGCAAUCGAAAAAUAAGAAAAUAAUUGCUUCAUCAUUAUCAAAUGAUUCAUCAACCACUAUGGAUGAGAAAAAUAAUAAUUUAACAACGAAAAGAAAAACAAAUCAAACAUCAAAAAUUGAAAAAGAGAACGGAGAUUCAAUGGAUUUAAAUGAAACUAAUGAAAAUAUUAAAAAGAAACAAACCAUUGUGACUGUAUAUUUAAAUUAUCUUGGUGAUAAUAGUGGAAUGUUAUUAAAUCCACAAAAAUUUCGUUCAUCAAUGCCAUCAACAUUUGGACCCGAUGAAUGUCAUACUGUCUUAACAUCAAUAUUUGAUGCAUGUAUGAAAUGUGCUUUUCAACAAGCAUCAUUUAUUAAACGAAUACUUGAUCAAUUUCCAAUACCUAAAGAUGAAGAAAAAGAUUCUUAUAUACAGAUGAAAUUGGAAAAUGGUACAAUAAUAUAUGUUAGACAGCUUAAAACAGAAGAUGAUUUUUGGGAUGUUAUUCGUAUAUUGCAAAAUGGUAUUUUAUCUGGUAAUGAUCUUUUUAUUUCAACACCUCCACUAUCCGUGAAUAAUCAAAGUGAUGAUUCAUCUACAUCAUCUGAGAAAAAGAAAGAUUUAUCACAAUCAUAUCGAUCAAUAAAUAAUAGUAAAACUAAACGAAAAAGUACAGAAUUGGCUUCAUAUCCAGAGAAUAAAACAUUUAUAAGUAAUGGUAAAGCAGUACGAUCCAGUUCGACUGAAAGAACGAUUUAUGACACAAAACCUUCAUCGAAUACUUAUUCAAUACCAAGAAAUGAACAAUAUUCGAAUUCAAAACCAAAUCCACAUGGCUAUGAGUCUCGUCAUAUUGAACGAUUUACACCAAGUGAAGUAGCAGCAUUUGUACGAGGUAUUGAUCCAUCAUUUGAUAGUCUUGCUUCAAGAUUUCUUCAAGAAGAAAUUGAUGGAAAAGCUCUUCUUCUUCUUACAACAGAUACAUUAAUGAGACAUAUGGGUUUAAAACUUGGUCCGUCACUUAAAAUUGUUCAUCAUAUUGAACAAUUAAAAAAAUGUUAA